AUGGUGUUACCUCGUCCAAAUCAAACAACUGCAACUCACUAUGAACUAAAUACGAAAAAGUGUCAAACAACAAAAGCGAACAGUAAAACAAAAAAGAAAUCCAAACAACGUCUACUAACUACAAAGCCCGUUCAAACUAAACGAAAGAAACUAACUAAGCGCGUUGACUUAAACGAUCCAUCGCUUGAUACCAUUACUUUACGACGAAGUCGUCGUCUAAAUUCUAAAACUAAACAAACCACUCCUCUUCCCUGCUCGAAUACUAAACCCCAUUCGUUACGACGUACGAAAAAUUCCUGUUCACAUUCAAUCAAACAAGAUCAUUUAGUUUCAUCCAUGGGUUUACGCAAUGGCAAGAUCGUUAAUCUGCGUUCAUUCAUAUCGGAUACAACACCAACUCAAGAGAUCACGGCAACGUCAUUGCCAUUACCUUCAUACAAUCCCUUACCAAUAGCGCAUCAAACGCUUGUAUCCUGUACAUCAAAAACUGCACAUCAGCAGAAUAAUAUCAAUAACAAUAAUAACAAUAACAAUAAUAAUGAUUUCAAUUUGCUCUUUUACUAUUCGAAUCUUACGAAUCAUCCUUCGUUAGAUCCGAGUAAUUAUUUUCCCGCACGACUAGAUAUUCUUCUUGAUCGGCCGCCUGCAUCACGUGAGAAACAAUUGGAAUACGCCUGGAAUCAUGAAGAUCGUUCGAUGAACAUUUUUGUUAAACAUAACGAUCCAUGUACUUUCCAUCGACAUCCUGUAGCACAAAGUACCGAUGCUGUUCGCUGUAAAAAAGGCUUCUCCAGUGGAAUACACGUAUGGGAAAUAGAAUGGAAUACGAGACAACGUGGUACGCAUGCAGUCGUUGGCGUUGGAACAUUAAAAGCUCCACUUCAUUGUCCCGGCUAUCAAGCAUUAGUUGGUAUGACUCAAGAAUCCUGGGGAUGGGACUUGGGUCGAAAUAAACUUUAUCAUAAGGGCAUCAAUAGCGUUUAUGCAUCAACACAGAACCCUUCUACUCCAACAAACUUUUCUGGUCUAUUACCAUCAACGACAGCAUCAUCGACAAUGACUGAUCCAGCAGAUGCAUUGAACAAUAAUGGUAUUGCUUAUUCAACAAAAUCAGAUGAUUAUUUUGUUGUACCUGAUAAAUUUCUUGUGAUUCUCGAUAUGGAAGAAGGAACAUUAUCAUAUAUUGUCGAUGGACAAUAUUUAGGUGUAGCAUUCAGUGAUUUAAAAGAUAAAGGCACACUUUAUCCAAUGGUUUCAUCGGUAUGGGGACAUUGUGAAAUAACCAUGCGGUAUAUCAAUGGCUUACAACCUGAACCUCUUCAGCUGAUGGAUACAUGUCGUCGUGUCAUACGUAAACAGUUAGGACGAACGAAUUUACAUUUAAUCAACCAGUUACCAUUACCCACCUCUCUUCAAAAUUAUUUAGUUUAUCAAUAG